AAAAAUUGCUUUAAAGUAUAUCGAAAUNGAAUGCUGGGAUGUUCCUCCUAUUCGUUUUAUUUGNAGUUUGUUUUCAUCCAUNAGUCGCUUNGACUCACCUUCNAGUCGUGGUUUCAAGUUNGAAAUUAUAUUUACUCUUAUUCUUUAUGUUCGAUGGUGUUUUUGUUCCAGAUUGGGNGAAUUGAGUCUAUUUCGGCANAGUCUUGUAGAAGAUAUUCCUAUAAAAGUUGGGCGGAGAGUGUUAGGAGAAUUCGAAAAGGAUCCUAUUCUCAAGUAUGUUCCAGCAUUGAGUUCCACAGUUGUUGGUAUUCANAGUGCCAGCGAAGAAACUUAUCAUGUGAGUGCUUGGAAGCCGUUGUUNGAAACUUGGUUAUCAAANGAUGGAAUAUUUAUUCCUACAAGGCAAAACUCCAGUGGACCNGAUGUUCUUAUUCGAGUAACACAAACNAGCGACAAUUCUAUUCUUAUUGGACAAGAUGCAUCUUCUGUAGAGCAAAUAUCCAUGGAAACNGAAACCAGUGCAAGNGAUAUUUUGAACAAACGGAGGAUCUAUUUGAUUGGGAUUGCAUUGAAGUGUUAUCAAAUGUCAAGUCCUGGUGUUGGACGUUCUAUGAUNAAAGCAGAAUGUGCNAAAUUUUUACAUCCAGUUGCGUCACAAUUGGACUUGGAGAAUCANAAUAUAAUGGCAAUUCAGUUUAUUGUAAGCAACAAGUAUACUGCAGAAGUAUCCAAACAGCUGAGNGAUUCCCAAAAUUGGGUAUUGGANAGUGGAAUUUAUUANGAAGACCANAACAAUCAUAUUGUCUCNAGUCCUAUCAAUUCUGCGACAAAACCACAGAAUACAAGGGAAGAAUGGCUAUGGAUUCCUCCUCAUUGUCAAGUUGUAGUAUGUUCUACCAGCUCUCUCAAAUCCUUUUUAGGUUGCAAGGCNAGNGAAGAUCUAGANAGAGUUUUUGGAGACCAUCCAUUAUGGUUGGACCAACUCAGACCACUUUCAAAUCUGUUGGAAAAUUCAUUGAUAGACCUGUUGAGUCGUGCACCAUUNGAGCAGUCUUCNGAGAGGAAUAUUCAAUCCAUGGAGAGGGGNAACCCAGUUAUGAAUUGGAAUGUUAUGCAAGUGGAAGAAGAAGAUACACGAGGCGAACAAAGGGUUGCAGCAUCGAGUUCUUUGUCUUCGUCAUUNGAUUGGAAUACUUUCCUAAGAGACCGUUGUGGUCUUUCNGAAGAAGAUGUUGCCUAUUGUUUGCCCAGGUUGUCCUUCAUAGGAAUGAUAGAUUUGAGUGGCGUGACAACAGAGUUUCUUUUGAAGUGCGGUAUCGANAGUCCUUCACUAAGAUUGCGAAUUAUGUUAGGAAUACGACAGUUUUUAGCAAAGUAGCUUUUAUGGACUAGUUUGUGGUAUGCCCAUGAUUUCCCUGUAGAUGAUGAGAAGCCUUAUAGAAGUCGUAGUCCUAAUAAAGACAUGUAAUUUUUGUUUUUAUCUCACUGCAAAGUCAUUACGUGC